AUGCUCUCUUCCACGCGGUCCGCGGCUUCAAUGGCCCUUCGAGUCAAGCCUAAAACUGCCAUUGUUCCUUUCCGAACUACCGCUGCCGCCUUUACGACCAACUCCCGCCGCGAUGCGAGCGCCCUCCAGACUCACUCCGCAACUGGUGUAGGAAAGGUUCGCAGAGAGGUUCCGCUACCCAGCGAGGUUGCUCCUAAGGGUGCCUUGCAGUAUGCGCUGACCACACUUGAUGCCGUCACCAACUGGGCUCGUCAGUCCUCCCUUUGGCCCAUGACCUUCGGUCUGGCCUGCUGUGCCGUCGAAAUGAUGCACCUCUCCACCCCCCGAUACGAUCAGGAUCGCCUCGGUAUUAUUUUCCGUGCUUCGCCACGACAAUCCGACGUCAUGAUUGUUGCUGGAACUCUCACAAACAAGAUGGCCCCUGCUCUUCGACAGGUUUACGACCAGAUGCCUGAUCCCCGCUGGGUUAUUUCCAUGGGUUCAUGUGCUAAUGGUGGCGGAUACUACCACUACAGCUACUCUGUCGUCCGAGAUAUGUCCCCCCCCCCCCCUCGUUCAUACAGCCCGGCUAACUCCCUAGAAAGCUGCGAUCGUGUAGUCCCUGUUGACGUUUACGUGCCUGGCUGUCCUCCUACGAGUGAAGCAUUGAUGUACGGAAUCUUCCAACUCCAACGGAAAAUGAGGAACACUCGCAUUACCCGACAUUGGUACAGAAAGUAA